AUGGCCUCCGCCUCCUCCGGCACCCCCAGCCCCGUCGUGCUCGGGUGCGGCGGCAUCUCCGUCGACUACCUGGCCACGGUGGCGUCCUUCCCCAACCCCGAAGAUAAGAUCCGCAGCCUCGCCCUCAAGGUGCAGGGGGGCGGCAACACUGGCAACGCGCUCACUGCAGCUGCGCGCCUCGGCCUCCGUCCCAGGAUCAUUUCCAAGGUAGCCAACGAUGCUCAAGGAAGAAGCAUCCUCAACGAGCUCCAAUCUGAUGGCAUCGACACAUCCUACAUCCUGGUGCGAAUUACUAGCCCUCAACGAUUCAGUGACAAUCACUCGGUGCUGUCCUCAAGAAUGCAAUGUAUCCAACCCUUUUUUUCAGAAAAACUCGUACAUGUACCGCCCAUGGUACCAGAAGAGCUCACAAAGGCAAACUUGUCGUCCGCUUUAGACGGCGCGGACAUCGUCUACUUCGAUGUACGAUUGCAUGACACUGCUUUGCUUGUUGCAGAAGAGGUAAGUCAAAGAAAAAUCCCUAUUUUGAUUGAUGCUGAAAGAAAGAGGGAGCGGCUGAAUGAGCUUCUUAAUUUUGCAUCUUAUGUUGUAUGCUCUGCAAAGUUUCCUCAGGCUUGGACAGGAGCCUCAUCAACACCUGUUGCUUUAGUAUCCAUGCUUUCAAGGUUACCAAACAUCAAAUUUGUUAUUGUAACUCUGAGGGAGAAAGGUUGCUUAAUGCUUGAGAGAAGCAUGACAGCCGGUGCCGGAACCGGUCUCGAAGACGAUGGCUACAGCAGCAUCUGGUACUUCUACCACGCCAAGAAAUACAAGAACACCCGAGGCGACACCAGCGGGCACAGGCAGCGCGCGGUCACCGGAGGCGACGGCACGUCCUGGCACUCGGAGAUAAGCCGCAGGGACGUCCAGGGAUCCGGUGGCGGCACGUUCUGCACCUUCUCCUACGGCCGCAAGACGGAGCCCUCCUCUCGAUCGAUCGACAGGAUGGGGUGGUCCAUGGUGGAAUACGACAUCGUCGCCGCCGACAAGAAACAAGACGAAGCCGCCGCGGACAGCAGCAAUUACGUGCUCUGCAAGGUCUACAGCUCGCCUCGCGCGAAAGGGAAGUCGGCGUCGGCGUCGGCGUCAUCCUCUAGCAAGAAAGCCUCGUCCAAGCAGACACCCAAGAAAAGGAAGGCCGGUGGCGGUGAGCACCCCGAGGCGCCGCCAACCAAGUCGAUCCAGCGGCAAGAACAGGUGCAGCAGGAAACCGCCUAUUAUCCGGUGGCCAACUAUCGGUAUCAGCCACAAGCAGACGUGCAGGAGGUUGCCGUGCAGCAGCCAGCAGGCCCAGGCGGCGACUUCAACUUCAGCAUCGAAGAAAUCAACUUGUACGUCGACGACGAGUGCAUGUUGCGAGCUGAUGAGUCGGAGCAGGGACGACGACGGGGACUGCAGCAGCACCCAAUCUCCGAGCCGAAGCACGACGUCGAGUUCAUCCGGCUACCGUGUGGUCCGGUGGUGCCCGUGGUGGCCGAAGCCACCGUUGAAGAUAUGCUCGCCCUGGAGACGACAACGAUCGACAGGCAUGGGGCAGAUGCUCAAAUGAUGAAUGUUGCAAUCAGGUGUGCCAGCACAAGUGUUGCACAGGGGUCGUCUGGUGGCUUCUGGACCUGGUUGACUGGUGCGCGCUCAAAUGAAAUACCUCCUCCAGAUUUCACACUUUCGGGCGUGACUAUUCCUCCUUCACUACCUGAUCAUGUGGAGGCUGGCAAGACAAGAGUCACAACACUUCCCAAUGGUGUUAAAAUAGCCUCUGAGACAUCUGCAGGAUCAUCUUGCUCUGUUGGAGUUUAUGUUGAUUGUGGUUCUGUAUAUGAAGCACCUGAAACAACAGGUGCCAGUCAACUGUUGAAGACGAUGGCCUUCGCAACCACUGCCAACAGGAGCGAAUUGCGGGUUGUGCGUGAAAUUGAGGCAAUAGGUGGCAGUGCCAAAGCAUUUGCUGGCCGUGAGAUGAUGAGCUACACUUACGGGGCCCUGAAGACUUACAUGCCUGAAAUGGUUGAGGUGCUUAUUGAUUGCGUACGCAACCCUGCUUUUCUUGAUUGGGAGGUCAAGGAACAGAUUUUGAGGCUAAAGGCAGAGAUUGCGAAAUCAUCAAGUAAUCCUGAAAAAUUCCUUUUGGAGGCUCUUCAUUCUACUGGCUAUUCUGGUGCUUUAGCAAACCCACUAAUUGCGUCAGAAUAUGCAAUUAGCAAAUUGAAUGCAGAUGUCCUGGAGCAAUUUAUAAUUUGGCGGCAUGAGCAAGGCGGCGAGUUCAUCCAGAUGCCGUGCGGUCAGGUGGUGCCCGUGGUGGCGGAAGCCACGUUCGAGGAUAUGCUCGGGCUCGGCCCCGGCCCAGAGACGACGUACUGCGGCGAGUGGAGCGGCGGCAUGGCAACAGCACGUAUUCCAUUUCCAUGGAGCAGCUACACGCGCCGACGAGUUAGUCGUACACAGCAUGCAGCGGUCUUCUUCAAGGAUCAGAUCCUCUCCUCCAGCUUCCUCCGUAUCUUAUGUGUUGACAGGGCUAGUAGCUAG